UGGACUUAUUUGUUGUUACUGGAAGGCGAGGGUAGAGUGUGGGAAGGAGGGUCUGGUUUGAGCGAUUGAUUUCGAAAUUUUGAAAGAAAAUACGAGGCUUUGUUUUCCCAGGUUUCAACAAUAAAAUAACUGAGGUGGGGUGAAAAGCGGUGAAGUAGGUGAAUAUGGACGAACUCAGGCAUCAAGUGAUGAUCAACCAGUUUGUUUUGACUGCUGGUUGUGCUGCUGAUCAAGCGAAGCAGCUUCUUCAAGCGGCUCACUGGCAAUUCGAGACCGCCUUAAGCUCCUUUUUCCAGGAGGCCAACAUCCCUAGUCACCACCACCAGAUGAUGUGCACUCCAAGGAACACCCCAGCCACACCACCUAACUUCCCCGACACCAUUACCAUGUUCUCCAAGCUGAGGGCGUCAGACUGCUCGGGGAGCUCCGGAGGCGGAGGUCCCACCCAGGUGUCCAUGGCCUGCUCCCCCCCCUCCUCCACAGCUGGCUUCGGAUCCUUCUGGGCCUCAUCACCCCCCAACCACCAGCCCGUCUGGCUGCCCCCCUCCUCGCCCACAGGCCACCACAUGCACCACUACCAGCACCACCACCACCACAUGCACCAGACCCCCAUGUGGCCCCCUGUGUCCCAGCCCGGCAGCGCCCAGCAGACCCCUGUUGUAUCGGCCCUGCAUGGCCAGAGAUGAGACUCUACCCAGGGUUUGGGAGGGAGGGAGCGGGGCUGGGGAGGGAGGAUAGGGUGGGGCUAUGUGUAGCCUAAUGAAUCUACUAGGGGGUUUGGGUAGGUAAAGAGGUGGUGUGUCAGGAUUAAAGGGUCUUGAGGGCCAAGGGGAAAAGACACGGUACUGUUGUUUUUCCUUCCUUUCUGUUUUUCUAAAAUGACGAUGAACAAUGUCUCCUUUGGAGGACGUCCAUUUCCUCUCUCUCUCUCUUCAUCGUAACUCAUCAAAGCCUGGGAAGAACCGGGGGAGAACCACUAAUAACAAUAUGAGGAAGUGGAAUAACGAAGGGGGUGGACUCUGAACCCCCCCCAAAACGACUCUGGGAAAUACAGUUUUCUUCAUCAGUGCAAGUCAAGCCCUGGACCCAGCAGAGCACUUACUUAGGAUAGGAGCCAUGUGAUCUGCUAAAGUGCUUGGUCAUUGGCUGUUUUUAGAAACUCUUCUCUCCCUUGGGGUUCAAUAACGCUCCAGCGAUGUGACCAGAUUUCGCAAUAAUCAGCAGACAAAAACAAAAUGGGACUGCAACACAUAUGAUGGUUUCCGGUUUUGUGUUCUUGGCUGACCUCAUGGCCCUGAAUUUUUUUUUUUUUUCAAUAUUGUUUAUGGUAUGGGGAUCUGUAUAGUACAGAUCAUGGACAAACACUGUAGCCAUUUUGUCAAGUUUCAUGUAGCCAUGUAUCCCUUUUUAAAAUGUCUAUUUUGUAAGUACUAUGUAGCUUAGUGAAACUUGACUCAGUGGCUCCACUACUUGCUCUUGUGUCUGAGAAGUGGGCUCUUCAGUAUGUGUGGACUCUAAGGUUUGGGGGUUAAAGUGUGUCUGAAGACUGACCUUCAUGUCAGAGGUGUUUUAAGGAGACAUGUAAAGACACGUUAAUACUGUAAUUCAGUUUGUGUUGAGAUACAGCAAAGUCUGCAAUAAUUUGAGGAAGAUUGAAGCCAGUUAAAAGGCUGAUGCAUUUAUAUCGUUGUUUUUGGGAACAUUUUCUACCUGUGGAUGUCAAAGGAAAUUGACGUUGUUUCCAGGGAUAAAUAAUGUCAGGUUUGAUGUCUAAAAGGUAUUGCUCGGAGGCUCUGCAAGAAUCUUUUUUUUUGGUGUUGCGACUUUCCACAUCCACCCCAUUUUAACAAGGAGGCGUGAAUCAACUUUAUUUUGUUUGAUCAUGCAAACUGGUUUUCAGUGGCAAUUAUGGAAACAUCUUCUGAACUCCAUUGUAAAUAAAGGCUCAGCAGAAACAAAGUGCAAAAACGUCAAACUCCAUAACCUGGCUGGGGACGAGAUUGAGAUCUCAGUUAUGCUGUCAACACUCAAGUUAAUCUGGUUUGCAAAUGUUUUGACAAACAUAGAUGUGUGUGAGCCACCAGUAGGCUAUUUCUUCAGGUUUCUAUGGGGGGGGGGGGGUAGAGGCCCACAGUGAUUUUCUACACAACCUCUAGCAGAAGAUCAACUUCUCCUACCUCUGGUUUAAUGGGAGAGGAGAGGCCUUAUGUAUUCCCUACAGAAACAGUCGUGUUCAAUGGGUCAGAUUAGCAGAAUUUCUCCUAGUGCUCAAAACGUGUGAAAUUCCCUCUGUUAGAAUAGUGCAAUUACUUGAUUGACUGAUGAUGAAAUGAGUGUCAACUAUAGAAUUAUGAAUUUAGUACGGGUUGCAAAUAUUUACUAAAUGAUUGUUCAGGCAAUGUUUACAUAUUAUGAGAGUCAGUGUAAUGAUGAACAAUGACCUUGAUGCCUCAUAACCCAGAGUAUUACUUAUAGGUGAGCUCUUCAUACAAUAGCCCAUGUCAGAACAUUUGCAAAUCUAUCAAUGAUGACAGAUGGAAAGGUAGCCAUUUUCACAAUCGUUCUCAUAUUAUAAUUAUCACAAUAAAGACGUAAAUGUAAAUGUAAAAGGGAGGUCUGAGCAGGUUGCAGUUGUAUACAGAGGGUACUUUAUCUGAAAUAAUGUCACAUUCAUUCAUGCCCUCACUAAAUGAUGUUUUAUAUUAUGCCUGCCACGUCUUCACUCAGACAAUCACAAUCAUAUUCACAUGUUAUUUUUCCCCUCUGGUUGAAUAUAUGUAAAGUCACAUUUGUCAAGCUGUUACCUUGUGGGGAUGAUUGUAUAAUGUACAACAUGGACAGUCAUGUAACAUUGGACAGAUGCCACCUGGCCAAUAUGGACCCUUGUCAAUGUUACCAGACAGAAGGGACACUGCUCCACUGUGCUGCCAUGUAGUCUGUUCUGGUUCUAAAUCCAUGGAUCUUUUCAGAUGGAUAUUAGAAACUCAACUGUGGUUCCUCUUGGGGUGUUCAUAACACCACCUCAUUCAUUAACUCAUGUGUUCUAGUUUGGGGGUACAUUUUGUUGUCAACUGCAUGAAUUUUGGUUGAUGAUUUUCCAGUUCUGUGUUUUAACAAGGUGGGAGUGGUUGGCCCCAUAAUGAGUGUUUCCUGCUGUGUGGAUUACUGGCUCCUCCUCCUCAGUACUGUUGUGGUAACUAACACACCCAGACCCAGUAGUGUUGUGGUAACUAACACACCCAGACCCAGUAGUCUUGGGUGAGUAUGGUUCUUGUGGUGAUGUGACCCGGACUCCAUUCUCCUGCUACAGCUUUGGAAUUUAUCAACAUCUUUUUAUAAGGCUCUCAUAAGUCUCGGCCAACGACAGAUUGGUCCCCCAUGAUAUCUGUACAAACUGGGUGUUAUGAAAUGUUCUAACCUCAUGUUCACCCAUACAAGAUGUGCAGAAUGCGUGAUGGAAAUCCUAAAACAAGUCAAACACCAACCAAUUGGCAGUGCACUUCAGUAACACAUAACUUCUCAUGGACCCUCAUUUACAGCUCUCUAAUCCGGCUCUUUUAUAAAGAUAUUUCUCUCCUGUACUUUGUGUUUCUUUCCCCUGUUGAAAUGUAUAUUUAUAUGUUUAAUAAAAUAAGGUAUGAUCUGCUAACUGUU